AUGGGUAACAACAUAUCUUACCAGACCGCUCCUAUCGAGCUUUCACUUGGGUCCCGAGGCACGAUCAGAGGCACUCAGUACGACCACAAGUCUCGACGAUAUGCCGGUGUUCCCUACGCACUACCUCCGACUGGCGAGCAUCGAUGGCGGAAACCUCGUCCUCUGCCGGAAGAUUACGCGUACGAAUCCGCUGACGGCUCGCCAUACGACGCAACAGACUUCAAGCCAGUUUGUCCCCAGAAACUGUUCGCUAAGGUGGCCAAGGCAGAGGGCGAGCAGGUACAGUACUCAGAAGAUUGUCUUUUCCUCAACAUCUGGACACCAGUGCCGAAGGAUGGUGAGCGAGGGAGGCAAUGGCCUGUGGUCCUUUGGCUACAUGGCGGAUGGUUUGCUAUGGGCGACCCAUCGCAAAAGCCAGGCAUGGACCCGACUGAGCUGAUCUCGACUGGAGGUCUCAACGCGGUGUUUGUUGCUAUCGGGUAUCGUCUCAAUGUCUUUGGUUUCUUGGCCGGGUCUGCGGUGCUCGAAGAUAACGAUGGCGAAGCCGCUGGAAACUUUGGUCUCUGGGAUCAGCGACUGGCCAUGCAAUGGGUGCAGGAGAACAUCCAUCAUUUCGGUGGUGACCCUGGAAACGUGACGCUUGGGGGCAGAAGCGCUGGCGCAUAUGCUGCCCAAGCACAAGUGCUGCAUGAAUUCAGAAGUGAUGACGGCGAGAGCAGUGACAAGCUGUUCCGACGCUUCUACAUGAUCUCAAACGCAAUACCAGCUCAACCAAAGACUGUCUCAGAGUCGGAGCUGCAAUUUGACGAGGUCUGCACUCACUUCAAGGUUCUCCCAAAGCUGUCCGGCGAAGAGAAAGUCAGCCGUCUGCGGCAAAUACCAUCCCAGGACCUCGUCGCUGCGCUUCAGCAUCUCCAGCAUCACACAUUUCGGCCAAUCACGGAUGACCUAUUCUUGCACUCUGGCAUGAUCGACUACCUUCGAGACGGACAUUUUGCGGCCGAGUUCCAAAGGCGCGACAUGCGCUUAUUGAUCGGCGAAGUGUUGAACGAAGAGACACUUUAUGCUGAGUAUCACAGUCCAUCUGCGCCAAAAAGAGAUGCACUGUCCCGGCAAAUUGAGAACUACUACGCUGCAGCGACAGUGGAACGUAUUCUUCCACAUUACGAGUUGCCACUAACGAGUGAUCUCCAAGAUUGGAAAGCUUUGUAUGGUAACAUCGUUGCAGAUGGCCAAGUCAGAGCUCCGUCAAGAUACUUUGUCAAACAGCUUUUCGACUAUGGCAUCCCACUUGAGAAGAUCUGGCGCUAUCAGAUCGCCUAUAGAUUGUCCUUCAUAACGGACAAAGUCGCACCCAAAUUCUUUGGAGUGGCGCAUGCCAUGGAUAGACCUUUCUGGAACUUUUCUAUCACACAUGGUCUCACGCCACAGGAGAGAAUUUUGAUGCGGGACUGGAUCCAGAUACUGGUCGCAUUCGUACACGAGGACGACUCGUAUGUUCUUGGCACGAAAUUGAUCGACGAGAUGAAAGUGGCAACACCAGAUGGCAGGAUCGAGGUCCUCAAGGAUGAUAGAUGGGAUACAUUGACGAGACUAGGAGAAGCGUUCGCUCGCGGAUGA